AUGACCGACCUCGAAACGACAUUGGCAGUUGACGGUCAACAGCAGCUUUCCAUAUCCAACAAGCCCAACAAACUACUUGCUUCCAAGCUGAAUAAGGUGUUGGGGUCUUCAGCAUCGGAUGACAAAGUCAAGACAGCAUUGACAUCGCUCUCGGCUAUUGCUGAUCUGGAUGAGACCGAUUUACGACGCAACCUUCGUGGCACGAUUGAAAAGAAGGAAAUUCAAGUCAACAAAAAGUUUAUUGAAGGAUUGGGACGACUUGUGGAGCAAUUAGAAGUAUUGGAGACUGAAGUGGAUACCAUGGGCAACGUCUGCAACAAUAUGAAGGGCAAGUUGGAUCAAGCACGCGAUCAAACAGCCGAGAUGAUUGAACAGGCGCAUAAUUUACAAGAUCGCAGCUCGGCGUGUGAUACACAAAUCCUCGUGGCCGAUCAGUUUUUGAAGACGUUUACACUUUCUGAACGGGAGGUCCAAGUCCUCAGUUUAUCAUCUUUACCUAUUGACGAUGAAUUCUUUGCAGCCCUUGAACAUCUCAAACAAAUCCAUCGGGAUUGUCGCGUGCUUUUAAUGACCAAGAACCAGCAGGCUGGUAUGCAGAUCAUGGAGUCAAUGUCAAUGCACCAAGAAACGGCCUAUGAGAAACUCUAUCGGUGGACACAAUACGAGAGUCGAUCAUCCUUUGGAGGCGAUAGCAUUGAUGUAAGCAUGCUGAUGACAAAGGCAUUACACGCGCUUCGAUAUCGGCCUGUUCUUUUCCAAACCAUUUUGGAUGAAUUGGCAGUGGCUCGAAGAGAGGCUGUGGCACGUGCAUUCAUGAACGCUUUAACAAGAGGUGGCCCAGGAGGUACUCCACGACCCAUUGAAUUACAAGCCCAUGAUUCUUUACGAUAUAUUGGUGACAUGUUGGCAUGGAUCCAUCAAGCCUGUGCCAGUGAAAAGGAGAUGCUUGAAAGCUUAUUCCAGAAAUCAGCCACGUCGCGUAACCAAGAGCCAGAGGAUGAGAGCACCGAAGAUCAAUCACAAUCCAUUAUUCAUAUUGAUGACGCUAUCAACGACUUGAUGGAUUAUGCAAUGGAAGGAACAUGUAGGCCUCUCAAGACACGCAUGGAACAAGUAUUGGUGUUACAACCAGGAGCCAUUACAUCAUACCGGGUAGCCAACCUGAUCCAGUUUUACGCGGUCACCAUCAGCAAGUUACUACGAAAGAAUGCCGCAUUAUCAAAGGUGUUAUGCGAUGUUACCGAUAUGGCAUACAAGUACUUUUUCCGCACAAUCAAUGGUCAAGCCGAACGACUUUUGCAAUCUGCUGAUCCUCCUUCUCGUGAAUUGACGAUAUCGCCUGUCGUAAGAGAUAUGACAUUACAAUUGAAAGAGAUCAUUUCAUCGUAUGAUUCUUCCCUGGUGGCAACGUCUGGGUCUGCAGAAGGAUUACCUGAAGUCGACUUUGGAGAAACACUCGAUGCUAUUGUGGAUCCCCUAUUACAAAUGUGUGAAUUAUCAGUGGGCAAGUUUGGAAAAGUGGACCGUGACAUAUACCUAGUCAAUUGUAUACAUCAUAUCGAGGCUGCCUUGGCACCAUUCCCAUUCACAAGCAAAAAGCAUGAGAUUUUACAUGAGAGAAUGGAUCAACUAUUACAAGACCUAGCAACCGAUCAGUAUGAAGAUUUGCUUAAACAAUCCGGCCUCUUUGACAUCAACAAGGCUGUUGUGGAUCAUGAUCCCAAGAUGCCAUUAUCAAAAGUACAACAUAUGGAUACCGAAUCGCUUUCCUCAGCAUUAGCACGAUUUGACUCGUUUUUGAUCACCAUCAGUGCUGGUGCAUCACCUGAGCUACGCCGUUUGACGAGUUCACAACAAUAUCACAAGGUGCAGGAUAAUGCCAUCCGCCUAUUAUUCGAAGCCUACAAGCGCAUUCAUACAGCUGUUGAAGAUCCUACCAACGAAUACGAGCAUCCUGAUCGCAUAUUACCAAGGACCAUUGAAGAGAUGGAAGCCAUUUUCUCGUUUGCUUUAUAG